AUGUGGAAGCUCCGAAAGACGUGGGUCACCCGGCCUUCCGAUGUGGACCGACUCGGCGGCGGCCGAUCCCCGCUCGCGGGCGCGCACAGCCGCAGCCCUGCACAGACACGCGCGGGGGCUGCAGGUGCAUUUCGGGGCGGGUUCCUUUCUCUGCGCUCUGCGCCCGGCGCCCAGCGCCCGGCAUGUGCGCUCCCUGCCGGAGGCGCGGGGCUGGCGCGCAGGGCUCGCCCCUCACUGCGGCAGUGGGUGUGGACCCGCGUGAACGAGAAGGGGGAGGCGUCCGGGGGAGCCCACACCCCACCAGGCUGCCUAGCAAGGGGCUCUGACCACCCCCCGAGGAUAAGGGGAGAGCUCACAGGUGAGGCACCUCUCCGCUUUACGCCCUGUUGCUUCACUCGGCGGGAGCAUAUGAGGAGGCGGCAUGAGGUCCCCUCGGGUGCUGCGGCCACACCCAUCUUUCUGAGCCACCGGGAGGGGGCCACGGAAGAACUUGGGGCGUUGCCCCGCCUCUUCCCUCUGGAGAUUGAGGACCCUGGGGUAGACGGGGUCGCGUCCGGUCGGCCUCCUGGAGGGCGCGGGAGGGAGCCCCCCACCCCUGAGCCUGCGGCUCCAGUUGGCCCUGGCGGCUGCAGG